GGUGCGCUCAGGUUGCGCAUGCGCGUCCUCAGAGAUCGCGGCUGUCAUUUUUCCGAGAGUUUUCCAAAGACUGCUGGCUGGAAGCUUAUGGCUAAUGUGGAGACCGUAGUUUGCCAAAUUAAGAAAACGAUUCUUACCGAAGACCCCAUCUCAGGAGAAGGUGAGGAUGGAGGUAUGGAGAGUCGUGCUAUACUGAAAAGACACUCAAUCAAGGGAACUCUGGGAGAAGCCAGAAACCCUGUCCCAGGGACAGAAAAGAAAAAGUAA